AUGACCGAGGUGCGGCUGCGCGCCGAGAUGGACCGGGCCUCGCCCAGUUCGAGCGAGCAGGGCGAAGAAGCGGGCCGCAGGGACGAGCGAGAGGCGGACCCGGCCGUCCACCUCGCGCGCUGCGGCCGAGCAGGAGCUUCCGCGAGCACCACCAUGGCACCGUUCCCGACGCGCCACACGCGCAAGCCGAGCGACACGCUCCUCCCGACCUUCCACUCGCCCUCGCCCGCCUCGUCGUCGCCGUCCCACUCGCCGCCGCACUCUGGCCUCGCGACGGGCCCCGGCCACGCCUACCCGCCCUUGCCCGUCUCGCCGAGCCCCUCGCAGCCGACCAGCCCGCGCUCGCGCUCGCCCGUCGAGACUCGCCCUCCCGCCGCCGGCCCCGAGCACCACUACGCCCCGCAACACCACCACGUCGACCCGCUCCAGCUCUUUGGCGCAAUGGCUCCCCCGACAAAGGGCAACACGGGCGGUCUCGGCGGCAUCACGGCUGCCAGCACCGACACGGUCCGCAGGUGCCUCGAGGAGAACCACAUCCGGUCGCACACCUUCUUCAACGACAAGGGCUUCCACAACCACUGCUCGCAUCACCUACUCGCCUCGUACUCGCUCGGCGCGAGCCCGGCCCUCCUCGAGGACAUCUACAAGCUCCACCACGAGACCGCCUUUAAGCCCAUGCCGCCUCUUGCACCAGAGCAGAUCACCGAGGCCAACUGGACCGACCACCUCGGCGACGAGCAGUACUACCCGAACUACCUCGCCUUCUUCCACCGCCUCAUCGCCCCGUUGCCGCCUGCCUCGAGCGCCUACGCCGGCCGCAAGUCGAGCGCGAUCCCGGUCCUCGAGCGCUUCCUGUUCGGCGGCGACGGCCAGAUGCUCGCUCGAGCCGUGAGCGGCGCCAUCCACCCGCUCAUCCACAUCGGUCACGGCAUCGAGUUUGGCCUCGACGCGCACGUCGCUGAGGGUCUCGCCCAGUGCGCCGUCCACCAGGCCAAGGCGGCACCGCUCUUCCCGGAAGAGUGGCCGCCUUGCCCGCCCAAGCCGUCGCAGCUCCAGUCGACCCUGUCGUCGGCCUUCCUGUCGCUCGGCUUCACGUCGUCCAUCCCGUCGACCUCGGUCUACACGUACUUUGGCGGGCAGAACGUCGCCUCGCCACGCAUCUCGUUCGCCGCGACGGCCGCCGCCCUCCCGAGGGACAAGCGGUUCCCGCGCGUCGGCCUCUCGGGCUUCACGAUCCUGUCGCGCAUCCUGCACGACGAGGCGCUCGCGCCCGGGCGUGCGUGCACCCUCGACGACUUCCCCAAGCUCGACGCCGUCCUGCGCAAUCGCGCGAGCCGCAUCGUCCAGUGGUGCGAGGAGUGGCGGUUCAGCAACGAGCGCGCCGCCGCGUGGGAGGACGCCGAGGCGCCGAGCGGGACCAAGCCCAAGCUCACGGGCGUCACGCCCGAAUGGGCCGAGUGCGUCGAGAAGUGCGAGGAGCUGUUCUGGAUGGCGACCGUCAUCCACGCCGCGUCGAGCCGGCCCGGGUACAAGGACGUCAAGCUCGACUUCUUCCUCAUGCACGGCCUGACGAGCGUCCUCUUCCUCCCGCCGCUCCUCGAGGCCAUCUCGCCCCACCUGCGCCCGUACCUCCUCACCUCGCACUUCCGCAUCCUCGUCGCCUACUGGGUCUCGCGCGGUCGCCCCGACCUUCACGUCGCCGACACGCUCAUGGCCGCGACGCCGUACCCCCGGCCGCCGCCCGUGUCGUCGCCGCCGUCGACGACCGCCGUCCGCCGCGCGCUCGACGAGAACCGCCACAACAAGGGCCACGACCCCGAGGACCCGUCGACGAGCGCAGACGGCGGUGUCGAGUCGCCCGCAACGCCCAAGGCGAUGCACGCCCAGCCGUUCCCGGCGCCGGACGCCGACUCGAGCUCGUCGCCGCACGACCAGGACGACGGCUCGAACCCGUGGAUGCGCGUCCUCGCGAGCGCCGUCGACCACGACGACGAGCACGCGACCAAGGUCGUCCGCUCGCUGUACUACGCGGCGCAGCACUUUGGCACGAGCCAGAAGGGCAUGUUCACGAGCUCGCUCCCCGGUUCCGAGCUCAUGGACGGCUCCAUCUUCAUCCGAGCCGCCGGCCUCACGCUCGCCUCGGUCGGCUGGGCGCACGAGGGCGUUCCCGGCGCGCCCGGCUCGUGGGACCGCUCGUCGCUCGGGUUCCCCUCGACCUGGGACGACUCGGAGCUCCUGCCCGGCGCGUCGUGGCCGCCGUACCCGUCGUCGUCGUUCUCGGACCGCAAGGGCAAGAGCCGCGAGCCGAGCGCCGGCGGCGCCUCGUUCUCGUCGGCCUCGAGCUCGCGCCCGGCGUCCUUCUCGCGCUCGAGGAGCGGCACCAUCGUCGCCGGCGGCAACGGCAACGGCACCGCCGACCACGAGGUCGUCCACUUUGCCGCGGGCGACUCGGCGCUCUUGAGCCCGCAGUCGGCCACGGGCGGGUUCGGCUUCCACCGCGCCGCAUCGCCCAACGGCAGCGCGUCGGCGGCGUCGUCGCGCGCCCCGUCGCAUCAGGGGAGCGUGAGCGACAGCUUCGCGCCGGCGAUGAACCGCGAGGGCGAGCACAGCCGCAGCGCGAGCCCGGGCCUGGGUGCGAGCGGCAGCGUCGAGGGUAGGGUCGGGUGGAGGAAGGUCGGUGAGGAGGUGACGGACGAGGACCGGAACCGGCAGGCGAUUGACGAGGAGGAGCACGAGCUCAUGGGUUGAGAGCGAGGGCGCCCUUCCUUUUCCUUUCUUUCGCGUCGACCUCCCUUCUCCUCUCUCUCUCUUUCUCUCCUUUACCUCUCUCGCCAAGCCGUAGACACUCUUAGCAUCUUUGUACUUGCACCGUCGGUUGCGCUUGCCUCUCC